AUGAGGUUACUUUUACUCCUUGCGUUGGCGUUGUUCCUCACAUCUCUGCUUCCGGUUCACGCUGACAAUGCUCCCGCCCCUUCACCCAAGUCAACACCAUCGGCAGCGCCAGCCAAACCACCCUCUUCCACCUCUCCUCCGGCGGAUUCACCGGCACCCCAUCCAGCAUCUCCUGCAAAGUCUCCAUCUUUAUCACCGCCUGCACAAUCCCCGGCGGUUUCUCCAUCUGGGUCUCCCCCUUCCCCGUCGCCCGCGGAGGUCCCCGUCGCUCAGCCACCAUCUUCAAUUUCUCCUGCUCCCAGUCCAUCCCACCACAACGUGUCUUCGCCGCCGGCUCCAUCUCCCGUGGCAGAGGCGCCAACACCGGAGUCUCCUGCCGGAAUUCCCUCAAGUUCUGCCACGCCGACAGGUUCACCAGUGACAUUGCCAUCCAGCAGCGUCUCCCCAGGAACUGCUCCGGCGAGUUCUUCCCCGGAAAGUUCACAGGGUUCGGUUGGUGAUGAAUCGGGUUCAAGGUCAAAUUUCGGGGCUCCAAUGAUUUUGGGUGGUUUGGCACUUUGGGUGGCCUUCACUAUGAUCUAA